AUGGCAGAGUGGAGAGCACAUCUUGCUCUAGUCAACUUGAUUAAGCUCAUAUCUGUGAUGUUGAAGCUAGGGAAUUACCAACAAGGUAUAAUGGAGGGUCAUCCUCCUGUUGGCAGUAAGAACAAGGGCAAGGAAAUCAAGAUCGAGAGGGGCAUGGAGAAGCAGCAGCAAACUAGAAGAAAAAUCAAGAUCAGCAGGAGGAGGAAGCAGUACAAAAUUAAGAUGGCCAAUGAUGAUGAGGCGGGCCCAUCUAGUCGUUAUAAUCCAAUAUUAGAGUUUAAGCAACUUUUGCCACAUCGCCAAGAAAUUGAUGAGCUUCUAACCGGAAAAGAAGUUUAUGAACUUUAUUCUCAUCUCCUAGGUCCAUGCAUGGGUGACAAGUCAUCACUUACCAGUUCUUCAGAAGAUUAUCUCAGAUUGAAGACUCCAUGA